CGACCACUGUCUGACUCUGUACUGAGUCUACUGACCAGGGCAGCCCCUCCUCCCUCCCCUCCCCUCCGUCCGCUAGCCGCCACGUCCCCGGCCGACCCCUCGCCGCCGGACCGCAUCUCCUCCCCUCACCUCCCACCUCCAGAUCCGCGCGCUCCCCGCCCGCCGCCGCCGGGAACUUUCCUCCGAGCUUGAUCCAUCCAGUGGCCGGCGACAGCGACCGACCGCCGCGCGGAUCGAUCCAGCGACCAACCUGGAGCACGGCUGCUAGCCGUCCCCUCCCAGUCAACCCAAGUCGCACCACGUGCCACCAUUUUGACCAGCUCCGCCGCUGCUAUUUUUCUCCCUAAAUUCCUCCCCCGGCCUUCCCUCACACCGACGGCGCCCCGGCCGCUCCUCUCCGUCCGUCGUGCCUCCGCUCCGCGUCCAUCUCCCGCCCCAGAAACCCUAGCCAGAGGGAGGAGGACACCAUGAGGGGGAAGAAGCCGCUCAAGGAGCUCACCCUCUCCGUGCCUGCGCAGGAGACGCCCGUCGAUAAGUUCCUGACUGCGAGCGGUACAUUCAAGGAUGGUGAACUGCGGCUUAAUCAAAGAGGUUUGCAGCUUAUCUCCGAGGAAAAUGGAGAUGAACAUCAAUCAACAAAAAUGAAGGUGGAAGAUGUGCAGUUAUCAAUGGAUGACCUCGAAAUGAUUCAGGUCAUUGGUAAGGGAAGUGGUGGCGUCGUCCAACUAGUGCGGCACAAGUGGGUGGGCACAUUUUAUGCCUUGAAGGGAAUUCAAAUGAACAUUCAGGAGUCAGUACGCAAACAAAUAGUACAGGAGCUCAAAAUAAAUCAAGCAACACAGAGCCCCCAUAUCGUCCUUUGCCAUCAAUCUUUUUACCACAAUGGUGUAAUAUAUCUUGUUCUGGAAUAUAUGGAUCGUGGAUCUCUUGCAGACAUAAUUAAACAAGUUAAAACCAUUCUGGAGCCAUACCUUGCAGUACUUUGCAAGCAGGUUUUGGAGGGUCUGUUAUAUCUUCAUCAUGAAAGACAUGUGAUUCACAGGGACAUAAAGCCAUCUAACUUGUUAGUUAACCAUAAAGGUGAAGUAAAGAUUACUGAUUUUGGGGUGAGUGCAGUGCUAGCAAGUUCAAUCGGUCAGCGUGAUACAUUUGUUGGAACCUACAACUAUAUGGCGCCUGAGCGGAUUAGUGGCAGCUCCUAUGACUACAAGAGUGAUAUAUGGAGUUUGGGCUUGGUAAUACUUGAAUGCGCCAUUGGCCGCUUCCCCUAUACUCCUCCGGAAGGAGAAGGUUGGCUAAGCUUCUAUGAACUAUUAGAAGCAAUUGUUGACCAGCCACCACCUUCUGCACCAGCAGAUCAGUUCUCUCCAGAAUUCUGCUCAUUUAUCUCUUCCUGCAUACAGAAGGACCCCGCCGAACGGAUGUCUGCUUCAGAACUCUUGAACCAUGCCUUCAUCAAGAAGUUCGAGGACAAGGAUCUAGACCUGAGGAUCCUCGUCGAGAGCCUCGAGCAGCCCAUGAAUGUGCCCGAGUGAGGCCGUCGCUCGGAGAGGUGAGGCUUUGCAGCGAGUUUCUUCCAGGGCCGCCCUCCUGACGGCAAUUGUGUAUUGCUGUGAACCUGAUGAAUGAGUGACCAGCCCCCCACCCCUGUAUGUGAUGAUGUUAUGUUGGAAAAUUCCCAGAGGAUUCGAAUGGAUUAUUAAUGUAUGGUAAUGAAUCAAGGCCCUUUUGAUGUGUGUCUUGUUAUGAAUGAAUGGAUCUGCUGUGGCUAGUUGCUUGUA